GGUUUAGUCGGUACGAGUAAAAAAUGGAACCCUAACCCUAGCUUCUGUUAACGCUUUUCCGAUUGACUAUCAUGUCGACUUCACUGUGCUUGACUUUCGAGCGUUAUCAAGUCCGUUUCAACAAUCCUUAUCACAAGACUUGGUCGAUCGGGAUCGACUGUAUACUAAAUAAAUUCAACAUGCCGGGGGCCCGUUGCUAGCCGGAGCGACUCAAGUCUCAGUCAUGGUUAGGUACCGACACCAAAACUCAAUCCUGUUUGCACAGAUAAAUUCCAAGAUAAAUUCUGUAAUACAAUCAUAGAAGGCGCACUUCGACGAUGUCUCUGGACUACGAAAAAUACCAGAUGCGAAAUGAUGGACAGCUUCAGGACAGCUUCAGCCUAGUAUCACAACUGUUUACAUGGCCGUGGAUCUUACUUUGGCGUCUUUCUUGCUCGUUGGACUAGACCUGUUAUCUUCUCUAUAUAAAGCCAGCGCCAAGGAUACAUCAAAAGUUCUACCUAUAUUUAUGAGUUUGCGGCGGCUGAACAUCGGAAUAUGGUCUCUUCUGAUACAAUUGUACGUAACUUCUGCGUUGUUUUUAGCGCCUUGUUUCACGCAAAUAUUCGAUGUACUAACCUGCACCACAUGAUUGCUUAAUGCCGCGACACUCAUAUGGGCACGGUGAUGUAAGUACGUGGUUGGCGUUUUUUAGCCCCCAAGCUGCAUUACAAAGCCUGAAUAAUUCCCUGAGAAUCCGGGAGAUGAAUCAGACGAUGAAAUCAACACAAUAAGAUGUCUUCG